GCCCACGCGGAAGUGACCAGGCUGCGGCGAACGAAGCCGGUGACCGGGGGGCUGCGGUCGGUGAGGCCGGACCUCGCCUUCGGGUAAUGUUUCUGACCACAGUACUCCUCCAAAAAAGAAUUCCUGGGAAACAAUGGAUUGGAAAAUACAGAAGACCAAGAGUGGUUACUCUUUCAAUGAAGCGUUCAAUGAUUCAAAGGCUGGAAGUUGAAGCUGAGAAUGAAUAUUGGCUGAGUCAACCAUAUAUGACACUAGAGCAGGAAUAUAAACAUAAUGCAGAGCGGAGGCUUGCAAAAUGGGAGGCCGUGAAAAGCCAGGCAAUAUCUAAGUUUCCUGAACAUAGAUAUGUUGCAGAUCAUUUGAAUCACUUGAAUGUGACUAAAAAAUGGACAAACUCUUAAAUCACAUCUGUUCACUUUUGGCAUAUUUGCAGUGCUCUACUAUCUGAUCGGUUGUAGGCUGUUCAACACCUCUUUUGGAAAAUUUUGUACUUGAUAUAAAAAUGUGGGGAUAAGGAUGUGAAUCAGAUGAACAUUUGUCUUCUGUUAAUGACAUUAAAAUCAAUCAUACAGGAAAAAUGUGAGUUUUUUUCCCCCCCUUAAUCUUAGCUCACUACACAGUGAAAGCUUUCCAAGCAUCUCCAGUAUAUGCCUAUCUUCUGUUAUAAAGCUGGGGUUUUGUAUAGGGCCAUGCUGCAUUUGGGCCGUGGGAAUUGCUGUAAGGCAAUUGCUGUUGUGUAGUGGGAGUUUGGCAGGAUCGCUGUAAACCAGUUCUUUUCUUCACUAGCUUCCUCCUCAAAUGGGGGGGGGGGAAAGCAACCGUAGUAGGUCAACCAGUAUUAUUGCUGGCCUUUUCCUACCACUGAGUCCCUUUGCUUUAUUUGGAGAUGAAAAUGAAUAACUGAUGUGGGCAUGAGGAGGUCUGAUUAUGCUAUUCUGGGCAGAUUGAUAUCCAAGAAUAAUAGUAUCUAAAAAUAAUCUGGAGAAACAAAAGGCAUUGAGGCCAUAUUAGGAGUAAGAGUUUCUCAUAACUAAAUAAGGAUUUAGUCAUACUUAUGGGUAUGUUUUAUUUGACCCAUCUCUUCCCAAAACAGCAUCCUAUGGUCAAGGAAGCCAAUUCCUCUUGUCAACACCAUCUAUGCAGUGAUGCAUUUGUAUCCAGGAUGCAUGUGUCCCUGCCCGGGCCUUUACUCUCAAGGGGUUGGGUGGAUGGGGGAGCAGCUCCCCGUACAGUGACCCUUGGACUAUUCUGAAUGUAUCUUUGUUUUAAUUCUCUAUAGUGGCAGCUUUGACUCUGAAAUUGCAGAACCAGAUUUUCCAUUAGACAGAUCAUUAUGAUGAUUAAAACAGGAUAGAUUAGAACUAAACAGUUACCAUGUUGUCAUUUGCUCUUGUUUUGGACUGUAAACCUUGUGGGGCAGAGAGUCUUAUCUGUACUGCAAAGCACACCUGCGUAUGCCCAUCUCUAACAAAAUUAGAGAGGAGAAUUUUGUCUUCCCUUUACAAAUGUUUUAGCUUUCCAACAACAGGUCAAACAAGCUUCCCGCACCGCCACACAAAUGCACUACAUUUAAACAGUUUAUUUUCAGAAUAUUUCACAUUCUUUAUUUAGUCACUUUUGCAUUCAGUGAGGUCAAGUGUCAUACCUUAAUACUUUACCACUUAGGAAAAGAGAGCCCCAAAAGGUGCAAGUUUUGCCUAAACCGUGAAUUGUAAUUUAGAUAAAAUAUGUAGGUCUGAACUCUGAUUUACAAAAGUCUGAAUGCAAACAUUUAACAUUAAGUAAUAACUAAGAGUACAGUGGUGAAAAAAAUAUACAUAUGGAGAAGUUACAAGGUACGAUUAAAAUAUGAAGGAACUCAGGCAAAAUUUGUGGUUUUUUUUGUAUAUUUCAUUCAUUUAUAAAAGCCCAUUUAAAAAAAACACUUCAAAGUAUUAAACUAUAAAUGGCAACAUGUUUUCUUUGUGCAUAGGAAUGUUCCUAUCGGCAACAUACAAAAAAUACAAUGUGUCAUUUAUUACAUAUUUAUUCUUGUAUAAUUAACUUCAGAGACUCAAACAAUUAAUUGCAAGUGUACGUAACCCACUGAAAAUAACUACAAGAAAGUAAGAUAUGUGCAGACACCCAGGAUUUUGCCAUUACAGUGCAAUGUAGAUGACAUACCCAUUGGCAAAUACAGGAGCUGCAGAGAUAUUUAUUUCACAAUUUAAAUGGGGCAAAUUCUUAAUAAAGGACUAGCAUACAUCAGUCUUAUCUAUCCUCAGUCUGAACCAUAAUGUAGAUUGAUCCUAAAAAUAUUACUGUGAAAUCUAAUUUUCUCAGAAUACCUGACUGGAGCUGAUGCAGCAGGAAAAGAGCUCAACAGAGGCAUGUUGAGCAAUUUAGUAUAUUGUAACCUAAAUAAUGUAAACAGUAUGAAGUCUGCUGGUCACCAUUAAAGUUUUGGUGACAGCAAGCAGGAGAUCCUGAUACUCAUUCCCCAGCACAUUUGCAUGGGUGCUAUGCACUCAUCUGAGUUUCUGCUGGUAAAUCUCAUCUUCUGAAAACCAAGUAAUUAAAACAAUCUUGUAAACAUGGUCAGAUUCUGCUACCUAUUAGAAACAAGAUUCAAGUAACCUCUGCAAAAAUCAGUUUUAUUAAGUCUAACCUAAAACAAAUUUUAUCAUUACAGUAAUGUUCAGAUGCACUAUAACUACAUUCUGCAUUUUCAUUACAUAUUAUGGCAGCUCUAUACUAAAGAAAAAUAUGCAUACAAAAAGCUGUCCCUAAUACAAAAUAAAUGGAUAGAAAUGAACUUAGUAAACAUUUUCAGUAUUUUACUAAGCUUUACAUACUGCAGCUUCUCUUUGGUAUCUAUUAGUGAUACUGACAAGAUGCCCUGUGUGUUGAAUAUCUAAUUACAUUUCAGGUAUUGUGAACAAUGGUUCCCGGGUGAUCUGUGUUUACAGAUAUUUCAGUAAUUGAAAUAUUUGGAGUCUUUUUAAACAGAUGUCCGAAUCCCUAAAACUUGCCUGGGUUCCACAAACUAUAUUGUAAUGUAAAACUUCAUAUUCAGAAGAUACUUUUGAAUUUGGUUGGUUGCUGCUCAAACUGAAGACUGAUUGCACUAGCCUUAUCCUUCAUUAGACAAUCUGGCAAUAGACCUUAAUUGUUACUUACAAAUGCUACUUCCAUUUCACUGCUGGGGCUCCAUUGAGCUGAAAUUGCAGUGCUUCAAUGAUGCAGACAAAUGUCCACAAAAAUUACUAUAAACAUACUAAAAUCUGUUUCAAGCAUGAACUUAGACUGGAAUAGUACCUAAAAAACUUAGAUACUUAAAACUCAUAGAAGUGCAAGUGUUAGUGUGCCUAAUUCUGACAUAUACUGUACGAAGAGUAGCUUGUUAUCUAUGCAUUCCACACAGUUUGGAUAUGCUUACUAAC